GCGGCCGCGGCACCGAGCGGAGGAGGCAGCAGCCGGAGCGGGAGCCGGAACGGGGCGGGCACCAUGGCUGGUAUCACCACCAUCGAGGCGGUGAAGCGCAAGAUUCAGGUUCUGCAGCAGCAGGCCGAUGAUGCCGAGGAGAGGGCCAAGCGUCUCCAGCGGGAGGUGGAGAGGGAGAAGCGGGCCCGGGAACAGGCUGAGGCUGAGGUGGCUUCCUUGAACCGUCGGAUCCAGCUGGUAGAGGAGGAGCUGGACCGUGCUCAGGAGCGCCUGGCAACAGCUCUGCAGAAGCUAGAGGAGGCAGAGAAGGCAAAUGAUGAGAGUGAGAGAGGUAUGAAGGUCAUUGAAAAUCGGGCCUUGAAGGAUGAAGAGAAGAUGGAGCUGCAAGAAAUCCAGCUGAAAGAGGCCAAACACAUUACAGAGGAAGCAGACAGGAAGUACGAGGAGGUGGCCCGCAAGUUGGUGAUCAUUGAGGGGGACUUGGAGCGCACGGAGGAGCGGGCGGAGAUGGCUGAGUCCCGUUGCCGGGAGAUGGAUGAGCAGAUCAGACUGAUGGACCAGAACCUGAAGUGUCUGAAUGCUGCUGAAGAAAAGUAUUCUCAGAAAGAAGACAAAUAUGAGGAGGAGAUAAAGAUUCUUACCGAUAAACUCAAGGAGGCAGAGACCCGUGCCGAGUUUGCUGAGAGAUCGGUAGCCAAGCUGGAAAAGACAAUUGAUGACUUGGAAGAUAAACUGAAAUGCACCAAAGAGGAGCACCUCUGCACACAAAGGAUGCUGGACCAGACUCUGCUUGACCUGAAUGAGAUGUAGAAACCCCUUUCCCCUCAGCCCCACCCUGUUGCUGCUCCUUCC